CCCGCGCAGUCUGAGGUCCUGGUCGCGAAGCCGGGGACGCCGAGGAAGAGCGCGGGGCCCCGCCACGGACCCGCGUGGGCGGCCUGGAGCGAGCGUGGAGCCGGUGGCCCAGGCAGCCUGGGGAGGGGGCGCGCGGUCACCAAGGGAGCCAGAGCCCCGGCCAUACCCCAGCGGCGCCCAGCAAUCAGGACGCCGUGUCCAAGCCUUCUGAUCACAGCCUUGUGGGGAGCCCGGGCUCCCCUCCUUGCCCCGGCCAAUCCCAGCCUUUUCUUCAGAAGCCACCUGUCGCAGCCUCCCCUGAAUGGUAGGCUCUCAAGCCUCGCCUCAGCUCCUGUUCCCCUGAACCCCAGCCUCUGCUCUGCGAGACUCUACAGGCCUCUUUUAGGCACCCCAGUUUCCCUUCUGCACCCGCAGUGCUGAAUCCUUCAUCCUCAGACUCAGAGCCCGGAGGAACCCAACCGAAUCUCCAAAGACGGAGACCUCAGCCCUGUGCCCUCGGGGAGGCAGCAUCGGAGGGCCUGGUUUUCCCUCUGGGGUUCUUGUGGGCACCCCAGGGGCGCCUCUGAACCUCUGUGGUUUCCUCAGCCCGGUAGCCUAGUUUGGCCCCUCCCAAGCUCAGGCCGACCUCGACUGGCCCGUCUGAAGUGCAGAGUGCCUGUCUCCUCCAGCGUGCACCUGCCCCUCCACCCCUCAAGCCCCUGCCACCCAGACCUCCCCAAGCUGCUCCUGGAGCUGGAGCUCGAGCCCGGGCCCCUCUGGGAUGAUGAUGAUGUGGUCCAACUUCUUCAUGCAAGAAGAGGACCGGCGGCGGGCGGCCCGGGGCAGGAGGCGCGCGCAGGGCCAGGAGAUGAGGGGCCUGAGCCCCGAGCGUGAGGGCAAGACCAAGCUGGCGCUGCUGCUGGCCGCCGUGGGAGCCACGCUGUCUGUGCUUGCGGUGGGCACCGAGUUCUGGGUGGAGCUCAACACCUACAAGGCCAACGGUAGCGCUGUCUGCGAUGCCGCGUACCUGGGGCUGUGGAAGUUGUGCACCAAGCGGCUGUGGCAGGCGGACGUGCCCACGGACAGGGACACCUGCGGCCCCGCCGAGCUGCCUGGAGAAGCUAACUGCACCUACUUUAAGUUCUUCACCACCGGGGAGAACGCACGCAUCUUCCAGAGAACCACAAAGAAAGAGGUAAACCUAGCAGCUGCAGUGAUAGCAGUGCUGAGCCUGGUGGUCAUGGCUUUGGGCUGCCUCUGUAUCAUCAUGGUACUCAGUAAAGGUGCAGAGUUCUUGCUCCGAGUGGGAGCUGUCUGCUUUGGCCUUUCAGGCCUGCUGCUCCUGCUGGGCGUCGAGGUAUUUCGGCAUUCCGUGUGGGCCCUGCUCGGGGACGAGGACGGGGACCUCAGCCCGCAGGGAGCCCGGGGCCCGCGCCUGGCCUUUGAGUUCUCCUGGUCCCUGGGCUGUGGCGUGGCUGCUGGCCUCAUUCUGCUCCUGGGGGGAGGCUGCUUCCUGCUACUCAGCCUGCCUCCCCGGCCCUGGGGGUCCCUCUGCCCCAAGCGCUCGCACACGGCUGCCUAGGGCCACCGUGGCCCCAUGUCUCCCAGGAAACUGAGUUCUGUCCACCCAGCAGAUGCCACAAGGCACCCUCAGCCACCUGUCCCUCCGUGCCUUCUACACGUUCUCCUCUGUGGAUGAAUUUGGGGUGUUCUGGGAGGGGGCUUUCUGCCCAUGUGGGUUCCCUGGGAAGCUGGUGGGGACCUGACAGAGACCAGGAUGUGGUGGGGUCUCCGGAGGAGUUGGGGCCUUCACUGUCCGGGUCUGCAUUGAUUUGCUUCCGGGGAGAUUCCCAGGACUGUCUGCAGCUGGGUUGGGCUGGGGAGAUAGAGUAGAGGGGUCCCACCUGACUGUGAGAGGGUUGGGGAUUAAAGGUCUGGAACCCG